AUGGCUGUCCCAUCAGCCAUUUCUCUGUUGGAUCUCCCAGCAGAGGCAGAGCACAGCCCCCCUCGCCACGUCCUAUCUCCACAGCGGCCUCGAACUAUGGCGGCAGCAGCGGGCAGUGGGACGGCAGAGCGGGUGGCUCGCAACCUGCGCCACACAAAUGCAGGCAACUCGCCGCAGCGCGUGCAGGAAACGCACAAGUCUGACUCAGAAGGUGGGCAGUUUCAAAACCCGCAGGACAAUGUUGCUAGCAUCAGCCAACAGGAUGUCCCCACGAUUCUGAGCCAGGGGAUGGACGUAUCACCGCAGGCGCCCAUGUUGGUUGCAAUGCCUGUGGCUGAGCAGAAUAACAUCAUCGAUGUGUCAGAGCCGGAGCUUGUUAACACAAAAACCGACGACGAGCUCACCUCCGAGCACGUCGGCCGCACCUCUUCCAAGCUGGCCGCCUUCCGGGAGAAGACGGAAAAGCUGCGGAAGUACGAUCCCACAGAUCGGAAGAAGAAGACCGCCAGGUGGAAGAAGCGGAAGCUCGGCGCCACCCUUUGCAUUGGCAACCGCCGCAUCCCCAGCGAGGGCAAGGGCAAGAAGAAGUCGCGGGCGGACAGUGUGGGCAAGGUGGACAAGGUCAUGAUCGCCCUGGACUGCCUUCACAAGCCGAUGCAGGACGAAAAGCAGGUGGACCGGGUUCUCGCCUGGAUCGACAGGGCGGACGCCGCCCAGCGCGCCUACGUGGAGCGGCGCAAGGCAGAGCCCCCCAAGGUCACCAAGGUCAAGAAGCCGACGGCGCAGGACGUGGCGGACGCCCUCAACAAGAACACUGAGGCGUUCAAGACGACGGCUUGGCGGCCCAAGGAAACUCCCUGCCCUGUCAACGGGGACCAGCCCACCGAAGCCCAGGACCAGGGGGCAGAGGAGGGCGCGGGUCCCCUCGACGACGACGACAACGAGCUGGACGAGCGGGAUGUGGAGCACGAAGCCGCAGCCGAGAGCGCCCACGAGGACGAAGAUGCGGAGGACGACGCAGACGACUUCCCCCAGGAGAAGGCCGCAAAGCCGGACCCCGCAGCGGCAAAACCCUUGACGCAGCCUGCGGUUCAGAUCUCCGCAGCCCACAGCUCCCCCCAGCGGUCCUCAACCCCCGUCCAGUCAGCACCUGCGCAGACCUCUGCACCUCUUGAGGCCCCUGCGUAG